UGGAAAUUUGAUAUUGCUCAUACUUAGGGCAUUCACAUUGGCCUAUGCAUCCGCAUAGGCAAAACCAGUUUUACAUAAUAUUAGCAUAAAACCGACCCACAUUGGAUUCUUCAUUUCCAAAAUUUUAGCUAACUAUAAACAGUAGAUUUACAACUUUCCAUAUCCACUAUUUUGUCUCCAAAUUAUAUUUUAAUAGUUAUUUCUCUCUCCUCCACACUCUCUCUCCCCGAGACCCCCCCCAAACGGUAAUAUCUCUCUCUCUCCCCGAAACCCCCCCAAGGGAUUAUUUCUCUCGAAGCAGAGCUCUCCACACCAAACCCUCCGAAUCUCCAUCCCUCUCUCGACCCAAACAACCCCACCGGAAGAAGAGAAUCCGUGCACCUCUCUAAGGCGACGGUUGUCGACGGAGCUUGCAACUACUGAAGUGAAUCAUCCCGGUUGCUGGUUUGCUGAAAUUUCUUCUAUUUCAGUGCUUUUCCUGAAACCUUUUGCUCUUCUUUUGGGAUUGUUGACAUUAAAUUGAGAUUGAAUAUAAUGAAUCAUUAUAGAGAGAGACACAGAGAAAUAUGGCAGAGGGAUUAAAAUCGAUGAUGCAUUAAUGGAAGUAAUUCUCUUUGUAUGGCAUUGUCUUUUGGUUCUGCUUGAACACUUGUAAACUGUUGACCUUGCUUAAUAUGAAUUUUGUAAACUGUUGACCUUGCUUAAUAUGGAAACAUCUUGUAAACUGUAAACUGUUUUGUAAACUGUAAACUGAUUUUGUAAACUGUAAACUGUUUUUUGUAAUAUGUGUUGUUUUAGUAACAUUUUGUCCUUCAAUAUUUUGUUGAAGGAUGACCACUUUAAUUGAUGAGGAUCCCUUCUUCACCACAUUGUUGGAAAGUGGUGAGGGUGGUAUAAACAACCCUAUUGUGGAGGCUGCUUUCGUUGAUGUCCAAGCGACACAACCUCAACGGGAAAAAAGAGCACCUAAACAUAAAUCCCAGCGGGGUGUGUCAUUUACUAUUGAGGAAGAUACUCUCCUCAUUUCAGCUUGGCUUAACGUUAGUAUAGAUUCCAUACGGGGGACUGACCAAACCUCCACACAAUUGUGGAGUAGAAUUUAUGAUUACUACUCCACUUAUAAAAAACCUAACAGUCAAGAACGAUCUGUACCAUCGUUGACCAAUCGGUGGUCAACCAUUCAAAAAUGUGUCAAUAAAUUUUGUGGUUCUAUGGCUCAAGUUGAAGGAAUGCAUCCAAGCGGUGCAACCGAGCUAGACAAGAUUGACAAGGCAAAAAUUUUGUAUCGAGAGACCCAAAAAACCAACUUCACCUUGGAUCAUUGUUGGAAUCUUUUAAAGAACCAACCGAAAUGGCAAACACACAUGGAGACCGUAAGAAGAAGAGACAAUGUCUCACGUUCAGGUAGUACUCCAAACUCAAUACAAUUAGGGGACCCAAUGGAAAAUGUACCUGUGGAGUGUGAGAGACCUCCGGGGAAAAAGGUUGAAAAAGAAAGAGAGAAAAAAAGAAAAAGUAGGGAAAGAGAAGAUAAAGAAUUUAGUGAGGCCUUAAGGGAAAUGACAGAUGAUAGGAAGAUUCUAAUGGUAGAGAGAAAAGAAAGCUUAAUGAGGGUAGAAAACCGCAAUGCUGAGUUAUUGGAAAUUAAGAAGAAAAAGGUUGAAAUGGAAAUUAAGGCUCAAGAAGAAAGAUCUAUGAUAUUAGCUGAAAAGAAGAGAAAAAAUGAUAUGGAAAUAAUGAAAUUGGAUAUUGGGUCUAUGAAUUCUGUGCAGCAAGAGUAUUUCCAUAAUCUUCAAAUGGAAAUUCUUGAGGAACAAAGAAAUAAGGCCUAGGAUGGUACAUAGUUGUCUUUUUUGUUUUGUGCAGUUUUUGAAUGUGUAUUUAAAACAGCCUUGGUGACAUUGUAAAUUCUGGUUUAUAUACUACUGGUUGCUAUGAACACCAAACCCUUUUUUGUACCUCUCUUUAUGGGGAGAUUGUUUUGUUGGUGGUUGGUGGUGGGUGGGAACAUUUUGUUGGAUGAAUUUUGUUGUGGGUGGGAUAUUGUUGUAUUGCUUGCUGCUUGUUGGUGCUGGAGCCGCUGGAGGACCCAAUGGCAAGGCUGUUUUUGUUGCUGCUGGAGGGUGCUGGAGGGUGCUGGAGAGUGCUGGAGCUGCUGAAGGGUGCUGGAGCUGCUGAGGCUGCUGGAGGGUGCUGGAAAUGCAGUUAUUUUCUGGUUGCUGAAUUUCAUAUAUGCUGAAUUUUUUGGUUGCUGAAUUUGUAUAAAAAUCAACUUUUUGCAACUUGUAUUAAGUUGAUUUUGAUACAUAGAAUUAGUCAUAUGUAAAUUCUGAAUUUGAUAUUAGUCAAAUGUAAUCUGAAGUUGAUAUUAGUCAGAAAUUAUUAUAUAUAGAAUGCUGGAAAUUUGGAUGCA